GGCUGAGGGACUGGAAACAGAUUUGAGGCCAUUGUGAGGUCUGAUUCCAAAGCAAGGGCAGAGAAUUCUCUAUCUCACACUCUUGAGCUGGGGGGCCAGAAAAUCCAUAAGACAAAGUUAAAAACCAUGAUAGAAAGGUCAAGUUCAUGCUUAGUAUGUUUCAUACCCAAAAUUGGAAUAAUAGUGCUCAAUAGUUCUUUCAAAGGAUUGAAGAUAAGAAAAACUAAAUAAAAACUUUGUCAGAGGUGAUCGAUGGUGGCCACUGGGUAGACCAGACCUCACUCACUCCAAUGCCUCGCUCCCCUCGCUUCCUCUGCAACCAUGUCUGACAAACCGGGCAUGUCUGAGAUUAAGAAGUUCAAUAAGUCAAAAUUAAAGGAGACAGAAACACAAGAGAAAAAUUCACUGCUUUCAAGAGAGACAACUGAACAGGAGAAGCAAGCAGGCAAAUCAUAAUGCAGUGUGUGCUGCCAAUGUGCACUGUCCAUUCCACAAGCGUCGCCUUCUUAUUUUACUUUGUUUAGCUGUUUAACUUUGGAAGAGGCAAAGAGGUUGGAUCAAAGAAUUGAGAACUACUGACAGGGACCACCACACCUGCCUCUCAUGUCUGCCUGUCUCGGGAGCAGGGAAGGAAAAGAACUUGCAUGUUGGUGAAGGAAGAAGCUGGGUGGGAUGACCCUGAACUCCAGAGUUAAAACCAAGCUUGUCGCAGGUGUCCUGCAGGCUGUAAAAUGCAGUGUAGUGAGAGUGCCAUUUUUUUUGUUCAAAUGAUUUUAA